AUGGCUGCGCCCAGGGCGGGCCCCGCGCACCGGCUCCUGCAGGGCCUCAGCCGCUGGUUCUAUGAGGCGGAAACGGCGCUGGAUUGGGCCGAGCGCCUGCGGCGGCUGCGGCUGCAGCGGAUGAACGCGUCCCACGUGUACCUGAGGGACACCUACGGACCCAACGUGGCCGCUGCUGCCUUCACGCUAUCCUUGGGGGGAGCGGUCAGAUACGAGGGGCAGGAGCAGUGGCUGCGGGCGGAGGGGCCCUGGCAGCAGGAGGUGCUGCAGCUCCGCAGCGCCCCCGUGUGGGGCCUGGACCUCAGCGCAUGCCCCGUGACCUACAGCGGCCUCGAGAACCUGCUGCCCCUCCCCCGCCUGGCGCUCCUGGACCUCAGCUCCUGCCCCCACGUGGACGACUGGGCCGUGGCGCGCCUGCGCGGGCUAGGCCCCGCCCUCCGCGCCCUCUCGCUCUCGCGAUGCCCCCGCGUGACCGAGCGUGGCUUGGCCACGCUGCAUCACUUCCGGGAAUUGCGGUACCUGGAUGUGAGCGGCCUCGCCGUGCCCAGCCCGGGCCUCGUGCGGAUCCUGCUCGAGGAGAUGCUCCCGCGCUGCCGCAUUGUGGGCAUGGACCUGGAAACACAACAACCCCCCCCCCCCCCCCCGGCAUGA